AUGGCGGAAUGUCCUGAUUCCACUCCGACCAAAUCUAUUGAGCGUGUAUGUGUAUCUCCAUCAUUGAAGGAGCAAAUUUGUUUACUGUGUGCGAAAGUUGUUUCUAACAGUGAUUUUAGGCGAAAGUUGACGACCUCAGGCGGCCAGAAAACAACAAAAACUUGUCUCACCCUCGAGUCAACACUGGGAAAGGAGAUCUCCAGUGACUGUUUUUUUACUAAUAUUUUGUGUCGUAACUGUGGUAUUUAUUUGGUAUUUUAUUUAUUUGCCACACAAUUACAAUAAUUACUUAAAGAUGCCAAAGAAAAAAAAUGUAGGAAGAGAUGGCGAGGAGGCCUAAAAGAAAAUAUAGAGCUUAUGUUAAUUAGGCCUCCUCAAUCACAAUUUUUCGAAGAUGGCAUAAAAAUUAUGGCGACGGGUACAAUAUAAUAUCAGGUGAAAAAUUAAACUAAUCAAUAUUACGGAAGUUUACAAAUGUUGAAUAUUAAAAGGCUUUUUCCCAAGAUUUUUGUUGAACUAUACUAAUAAUUAUUACAAAAAAAUGCCUUAAGUGCUCUUUUAAAGGAGAAAGGUGAGGAAGCGUUGAUGAUGUUGGUGUUUAAGGUGUUGUAAAAUUUAGGUCCUUGAUAAAAAACGGAAAAUUGCUUGGUUCGAGUACGACAGAAAGGCAGACGAAAUUUACACGAGUUUCUCGUAUUAUACGAAUGAAUUUGACUUUGUAAGGUAAAUUUACAAUGAAAUUUUAAAGGUAGAGUAUGGUUUUGAUAGGAGUACAUGAAUAAGCCUAGUUGUAUUAAGUAUAUAUCAUGAAAUUUUAAGAUACCAAGAUUUUGAAAGAUUGGAUCAGUAUGUGCAUCGAAAGUGGUUUUAGCUAUAGUUCUGAUCACUCGUUUCUGUAAAAUCUCAAGACGAAUAAGGUUAGUUCUGUAAGUAGAGGGCCAAACUAAGUUGCAGUAAAAAAGGUAUGGAUAGACUAGAGAAAAAUAUAGUGUUCGUAAGGUUUUCGUGGAUAAAUAGAAACUGGAUUUACGAAUAAUUCCCGUGCAUUUAGAAACUUUAUUGGCGACAUGUGAGAUUUCAGAUUUCCAAUUUAAAUUUUCAUCCAUGAUUACUCCCAGGAAAACUGUUUCUUUUACUUGAUCAAUUUUUUGACUAUUAAUUAAAAGUUGAAUAGUUUGAUUUGUACGCUUUUGGGAUGGUUUAAAUGCAAUGAAUUUGGUUUUUUUCAAGUUUAAUGAAAGCCUGUUAGCUCUAAACGAUAUUGACAACUUAUUUAGUGUGUGGCAAGUGUCGUAGAGUGGUUUUUCCUGAAGCCGAACUGCUGUCAAGAACGAAACCCUUGCUCGGAAGCUUCACGGAGUGAGAGAAAGCCUCGAAUCAUCGAGGAAGGCCAUUACAGAGGAAAAAGGAGGCAUAACUUCUGUAAAACGGCAAGCACAAGAUUCAGCUCGUGGUACGAGCAAGCAAAAGAGAAACAAAAGAGCUCUGUUUGUAGUUGGUGAUGAUCCCCCUUCCACCAACAAUUUGAUCGCGGCGCUGUUAUGCAGAGAUGCAACGACACAAGUGGGUUUCGAAGAUUUCCUUGAGGAAGAGAAUAUUUUAACCGAGGUAAGUUUGAAAAAAAAAGAGUAUUCACGGUUACAUGUUCUGUCAAAACUUAGCGUAAUUCCCACACUCGAUAAAUUUAUCCUACGGUGUGGCACAAAAUUUGUGCGGGUUCAAUUUUUUGCGAUUUUUCCAGCGAUCUGCAAAAAUAAGCUGCCACAAAUAAAAUUCACUGCAAACAUUUUUCCCGAAAAAUUUACUCCAGAGCAAAUAUUCUCCAAAGUGAAUUCACUACAGAAAAAUACAGUAGUAUCAGUACAGUAGUACAGUAGUACAGUAGUACAGUAGUAGUAGAGUAGUGUAGUACAGUAGUAGUACAGUAGUGUCUGUUUAACUACAACUUGUUCCCUUCAUCCAGAAACAAAAUGGGUGCAAUGAAUUACUGAUUUUACAUACGUAUACCGUAGUAUUGUUUGAAAAUACAUAUUUCCAUUGCAUGUACCUAAAAAAACGAAAAUAAUGUCAAUGUUGGAUACCGAGUACUGGAUACUUUCUGACAAUCGCAAAAAUUAAUUCCUACCAAGAACAACAAUGUCCUAAUCGCAAAAAUUAGUUCCCGCAUGGUAUUUUGAAACUUUCCAAUUAACUAAAGCCGUAAAUUUUAAGAGCCACUCUUUUGCUAUUCUUGAAGUAAAAUUUCAUAAAUUUAUUGUCAUUAUUAUUAUCAUCAUUUUUCUCGAAAUAUCAUCUAAUUUGGUUCUUACUUCCUUUGUUUUGUAGGUGAUCAUACACUUUCCAAAUAGUCCCUCUAGAAGAAUAGCCGUCUAUGAAGACAAAGCCCGUGUUAUACGCCAGCUUUGCCUUGGCUCCAUAGAAUCGGUUGUAAAUACCCUGCUUCAAAACAAGGAAUGGCAGAGCAUUGUUUAUGACAAGGUCUCCAAUCUCAUAACAAUGGAAUUGACAGGACUCUGUGUCCUAUGA